GGGGAUCCCGGCAAUUAACAUGACUAAAAAGAAGCGGGAGAAUCUGGGCGUCGCUCUAGAGAUCGAUGGGCUGGAGGAGAAGUUAUCACAAUGUCGGAGGGACCUGGAAGCUGUGAACUCCAGGCUCUAUGGGGCAGAGCUGAGUCCAGAGGCCAGGAGGUCUCUGGAGAAGGAGAAAAACAGCCUGAUGAACAAAGCCUCCAACUAUGAGAAGGAGCUCAAGUUGCUUCGGCAAGAGAACCGGAAGCACAUGGUGCUCUCGGUCGCCAUCUUCAUCCUCCUGAGCCUUAUCUACACCUGGUGGACCAUGUGAGCCUGAGCUUUCUCCAGUCAGCGCAGGCUCCC